CAAUCUGCUCUCAAUAAUGCAAGGAGAACUUCUCGAAUCCUGGCUAGCUUUUACGAUCUUCGCCGAAGGAAAGGAAAUCUGCACCAGGUCAUACCGCUGAUUCGCCGCUGAUUCUACGCGUUAAUUAGCAAAACCUACGGCGUUAAGAUCCACUUAUUCAUUCAAAAAUCAGGUUUGUUUCCAAAAUUUGUAUGUAAUUCUUAUUCGAAUUCCAUAUAUACUUCCGAAUCUAGGCUCUGGAAUUCCCCAAUUGUUUUCGGUAAUAUCGUCUAUUAUUAAUUGUGGCUUUAUUUAGGGUGGAAUUACAUACCUAAUUUAGAAUCGUAUUAUGCAUAAUUACAUUGGAGAAAUCAAUAAUUACUUUUUCUAAGAGUGAUGUUCUACGUAUAUAUUCAUUCUCCUCAAGAACAACCCACCACACCCCUUAGGCAUAUUUUUUUCGAGAUUCGUACUUCUUUUUUAGACCAUACAUGUCGAAGACCAUCCAUCCAUUGUCUAAAAUAACUCCAACCAGUAUGUGUGCAUAUAUGUUUGUAUAUUUUUUCAUGUUUAUUACAUAUGUUGAUAUGAGUUAUGGUAUUGAUACUUUGGCUUCUGUUGUAUCGUUUUGGCAUUUGAGCAUAUCAUUAAUCUCACUUGAUUCAAUUGCAAGAGUUGGACACAAUCAUGGUUUUAUCAAGGUUGGAAAAUAUUAGAGAGAUUCUGAGUAGUGUUGGCUCUAACUUUGAAGAUUCGAUCACCCCAACCUGAAAGUGAUGUGACCAAAUGGUCCUAAUAAAAGUUUUGAACAAGGAUUCUCGGCCAGUUGGUGGCGGUCAUAUAAGAGAUGGGUGUAGGAGCCAAGCAUCGUGGAGAUCAUUACUUAGUUAUUUCGUUUUUCUAAUCGAGUCCUCAACCCUUGAUCAGAGAUGGCGUUUCUCCUUAGAUCCUUCUGCCAUAUUUGAGGUAAAAGAAAUUUUAUGCAUAGAUGUUGAAUUGUAUGUGUGGAAAAUGUUCCAAUAUCUGCUGCGUAUUGAAAAGGUAACAUGGCAAACUUUGUGUAUCGUUGGUGGUACCUCACAUACAACUAUCACAAGAGUGGUGGGAUUGACAGUUGUCUCAUAGAAAGAAAUAGGAAGGGUGACCAAGCAAAUCCAAGGUUGUAUUCAUCUUUUUUUGGGUGAGUUUUCCUUCCACCUUUUGCUAGCGGUUGAUUGCAUGCCUUUUAUAGGCAUACAUUGUUGUUGAACCCCUUCAUUAGUUAUUUUUAUAUAUACAGAGUAAUUAUUUAUUUUGGGUAGUGUGGUGUUGAGAUGUUUUUGUCAUGUCAUGGGACAAGUUGAUGAGUUGUGCAGCACCACUAUUCAAGAUACACAGAGCCACUUGAUGAUACUCAGGUUGUUUCAUCCUCAGUAUAGAGAUCUAACAAGAGAGAAGAGACUUUGUUGUUUCCCGAAUCCAAUGAUGACAAUGUAAGUUACCUAAUAAGCAUUCCAUUUGAAUAUGAGAGCCUGACAAAAUGGUCAUGCAUUCCAUCAUAGUUUUGUUAUUAAGAUGUAAAUUCUCAUUGUUGUGGUCAUGUUUUAUUACUUUAUAGGAAAUCUCACUAUGUUCUUACAUGUCCUCCCUAUUUGUAAUUCAGGCGAAUACUGCUAAAUAGUAAUUGCAGAUGCUAAUUACUAUAUGUUGUUGCUUUAAAAAUAAUAAUGUGUUAUAUAGCGACUCAAAAGAUGAUUUCAGAGUUGAAGCGCACAACCUUGGUGUGAUGCUAAUUUGCAGUCCAUUCUUAUCCCUAGAGGAGCAUCUGCCAACCUAACCAUGAGCCAUGAGUAUCCAAUUAAAAGCAAGGUUUCAUAAAAUGGAAUUUUUCAUUUAAUCUAAUUCAACAAUUUCAAGUACAUGUAGGGAAUUAUCUCUGAGAGAAGUCAGAUCGAUUUGGAGUGCUUUGGACUGUCAAGCAGUCGCUUGUCGCUUGGAGCAUUUCAUAUUAACAUGUUUGGCAGGUUGUCUCAACCACAACCUCUUAAGUUGUCAUGUGAGAAUAUUGUAAGUUCUGACCAAAACAAAUUCCUUGAUGCAACCAGAUCAAAGGUCAUUGCUACAUCGAAGGAGUGUAAUGAGUAUAUUUGAUAUUACUUAGAAUUCUAUUCUUAUAGUUCUACAUGUGAUACAUUACUACUAGUAACAUUUGCCUGCCAUCCUUGCAUCUCCUCUGACUCAAUGCCCUCCGGGAAUGGUUCCAUCAUUGUCUUCUUGUUACCUACCUUCCCGGAGCCCUCUCCGGCCUUCAACGCCGGCGUGGUUCCUAGGUCCAAACUCUUCUCCGAUCUCUUCAAGACGGUAAGAGACGACCGCCAACCAGCCGCCAAUGUGUCCUUCAAAGGGUGCCCUUCCAUCUCUUUCUCCAAGGAAGAUGUAGAGGAGCUUUCCCACCGUUUCAGAUUCGCACUCAUUGGAAGAUUCAGGCGUCGUCCUCCUAUCACUGUGGUGAAGAAUUUCCUUACCAGGUUGGGUCUUGCAGGGGGAUUUACGGUGGGGGAGCUUAACCAGAAUUCCAUCCUCAUCAACUUUGAGAAGGAUGAGGACUACCAGCGUUUCUUCUUCCGUAAAUCCUGGACUCUUGCUAGGGUUUGCAUUGAACUCGACGUCUCUAAAACCCUUCAUCAGCGGAUUCAUAUCAAACAUGUGGAGGAAGAUCUUUUCUUCCAGGACAAACACAACAACUCCUUUUCUAUUAUUAGCACUGUUUAUGGCUCCCAUAGUGCAAAGGAGAGGACAGCUCUUUGGGACAACAUUGCAUCGUUCAAUAACCUCAACCCUCACCCUUGGUGUCUUGGAGGGGAUUUUAACUGCAUUUCAGACUCUCUCCAUCACAAAGGAGCAAGAUUGCCUGACUUGGGAGCAAUUUCUGACUUCAGUAAUUGCAUCACUAACUGCAACCUUCAGGAAUGCAGCUUCACUGGACCUCACUUCACUUGGCAUGGUUCUAGGAGCAAUGGUAAUGUUUGGAGACGUUUGGAUAGAGUUUUUUAUAAUGCAGAAUGGGGGGAACACUGGGAAUCAAUCUCUAUGCAUCAUCUAGCUAAAGGAGGCAGUGACCACUGCCCUAUCCUUUUCUCCUCUAAGCAAGGAUGUGGACAAGGACCCAAAUCUUUUAGAUUUCAGAAUAUGUGGUUACUCAGGAAGGAUUUCCUACAGGUUUGCAAAGAUACUUGGGAGGAAAUGCCUUACUUUGGGGGUAUGCGUUGUCUUUUCUCUAAACUUCAACACCUCAAAGGAAAGCUCUCCUCCUGGAACAAGGAACACUUUGAAGAGGGGGGUAUUGGAACUAGAAACCUUGAGAGCCUGGAAGAGGCCUACAGUCUAAAGCUCUGGUGGAAAUUCCACAUGGAUGAUGGCAUAUGGGCAAGGCUGAUGAGAGCCAAGUACUGGAGAGAUGGAAAGCUCAUAGAAGACAUCUGUACUCAUACGAAACUCUGGCUCCUAGCUAAAUGCCCUAAAAAUUUCAGAGUUGCUGAUGAAUGGUUGGAAAAUAAAGGCUUACUCCCUCGAUUUCUCAACCACCCAAAGCCCAGAAUGGUAAAAUGGUUAGCUCCACCCAAAGGCAGACUGAAAAUCAACAUAGAUGCUUCCUUCAACAUGACGUCAUCUCGUGGUGCUGCUAUUAUUCGAAAUGAAGAAGGCAGUUUCGUUAGAGCAGCUUCCUUCCAAGUUAGUGCUCAAACACCAUAUCAAGCAGAGCUGGCAGCUUCAAUAAAAGACCUAGAAAUCAUCGGCCGAAACCUUACGGAUGAGCGGGAGUGGAAACAACAUUGAAAUUUGCCAACUUUGUCAUUUCCGUCACAACUGGACAGCCUGCGGUAUUUUGGGCAUAUCUCCAUCGUUUCUUCACGAAAUUGCAAACCGUUUGAUUCUGUGGAUUCCUAAGAUGUAAGGCUAUAACUUUCAUAUCGAAAGUAUUUUGAGAUAAUGAAUUUUAAAUAGUGUAAAUCGGACCUGAAGUUAGGGGAAAGUUGCUGUCCGGAAUUUUGAACACUCCGGUGAACAACGGUUCCGACGAUUAACCCAUUAACUUCAAUAUUCCAACACCGAACCUUCUCUACGAUACCUUCCGGAUGUUCCUAAUAAUUUUUAGAGAGUUUAUGGUGAGUUCUUGGAAUGAAAGGUGAAGAAGGUGGUCCAACCCGAGGAGCUCGCCACCACUGGCGCAGUCCCGGUAUUUUUGCCAUAUCUUCUUUGUUACUUAAUAAAAUUGCGAGCCAUUUGUUGGGUUGGAUUCGUAUCGUCCGGGGCUACAACUUCAGUUCAAAAGGUAGUUCGAGAUAAUGGAUGGAAAAUUACAGAACUUACGUAGAAGUUGAUGCUGCGUUUGGAACUCAUGAUUUGGAAACUAUGGAUGGUUUCUUCUUGUUUCUUCUUCUUCCUUGAACCAUCUAUGGAGGAGGGUGUUUUCUUCUCUCCUUGAAGUUGCCGACAGUGAGAGAAUGGAGAGAGGAGAGAUAAGAUGAUGGUGGAACAUGAUGAUAAUGAAGAUAAUUGUGGUGG